AUGGACGAGUAUAUCGUACUCACAAUUCACCAUAGUGGUGACUUUGUUGAUGAUGAUCUUAUGAUGUAUGAUGGAGGGGAAGUUACUGAGAUGAAAAUAGAUGUUGACACAUGGAGUUACUUUGAGCUGACAGGUUCACUCAAGUGUUUAUGGAGCAUUAAAAUAGUUGAUCUUUAUAAGGUUCACUUAGGUGUAAACAUUUAUAUUAAACACACAAUUGGGCAGCCUGAGUUUGUAGAUGGAGAUUUAGAAAAUGUUGACAAUGUCAAUGAUGAGCAUGUAAGAAAUGAGGAGGAUGAUGUAGUUUCAGAAAUGCUUUCUAAGUUGCAUGAAGAAGAAGUCAAUGAAAAUGGUAAGUCUAAUGAAGCUGAGUUAGAGGCUGAGAAGGUUGUGUUGGAGGCUGAGAAACUAGGUCUGGAGGCUGAACAUGCUGAACAUGUUGUGGUGGAAGCUGAGAGGGUUAUGGUUGAGGCUGAGAAAGAUGUUAUGGAUUCUGAGAAUGAUGGUAUUGAUGCUGAGAAAGAUUGUAUGGAUAAUGAGAAAGAUGGUAUGGAAAGUGGUGAGGUGGAUGAUGGCAUAAGUAGUGAUGAUAGUGAGUACAAAUAUGACAGUGCUCUUGAUGCUGAUUUUAAUGAUUCUUCUGAUGGAUAUGAAGAUAUAGAUGAAGGUGAAUUGGAUAAUCUAGUUGAACAACAUGAGAAAAGAGAUAAGGGUGAAAAAAUUGGGAGUGAUAAUGAAAGUGAAUGUCUGUUGAUUGGGUGUGAUAAUGAUGAUAGUUUUGGUGUCAAAAAAAAGCAUAUCCCUAUGUUUAAGAUGCAAAAGAACAUGGCUGAUUUCAAAUGGGGGUGGGGAUUCCUACCAGCCAUGGAUGAAUUAUUGCCCAAUGUUGAGCAAAGGUUCCGUGUCAGGCACUUGUACAACAAUUUCAGGAAAAGAUAUCCUGGGAAGAUGCUGAAGGAAAUAAUUUGGAGUGUUAUUCUUGAUUCAAGGUCCAAACCCUUAGUGACCAUGGUGGAUGAGAUCAGGACAUAUUGUAUGGAAAAAUGGGCAAUAAAUAGAAUGAGAUUUCAGAAAUUGGAUGAUGUUGUCUUGCCUAACAUCGAAAAGAAGGUUGAUAAACCAAGUACAAACACAAAUUCAUGGAUUGUGAGGAUGUCUGCUGAGCACAUAUUUGAGGUUCAUCAUGUAGAAAAUCCUGCAGAUAAAUUUGUUGUGAAUUUAAAGGAAUGUGUGUGCUCUUGUAGAAGGUGUGAAUUAACUAGACUGCCAUGUGUUCAUCCAUUAGCAAGAAUUAAAAGUAGGAACUUCAAGGUUGAGUAUUACAUCCCUGUCAAUUAUAGGAAGUCAAUGUAUAUGAAAGUCUACUCAUCUAUAAUAUAUCUUGUGAAUGGUUCCAAUCUCUGGAUCAGAACUGAAUAUCCAGAUGUCCAGCCUCCUAAGUAUAUGAGGAUGCCUGGAAGACCAAAGAAAAAAGAAAUCUGGAGCAAGGAGAGAUAG